AAUGUUUGGUGUAGCUUUCUUGGUCCCUUUCCCAGAAAAACAAAACGUUCCACGUAACGGAUCACGUGCGAAUGAUUUAGCCGUUAAGCCUUUCCCAGUUCUCAAUUCUCAGCUCCAUGCCUCCAUUCCACUUUAAAACUCUGCUAACACCUGCUUCUGUUAAACCCAGAAAUCAUUCACUCACUUGUACUUCCCACCUCCACUUCAGAUCAACAGACCCAUUAUAUAUAUAUAUAUUGCUGAACCGAUCACUUAAUUGUACAAAUUUGAUCUCCCAGUCUCAUCAUCAAUCAAUCAAUGGCUAAAACUGCCGUAGCUUUCUCCCUUCUCCUCAUGCUUCUGUCCUUCCUCUCAGGUGGGACCUUGGCACUCAAGAAUGAACAGAAAACAUGGUGUGUGGCAAAGCCUUCAUCAGAUGAGACAACCUUAAAGAACAACAUAAACUAUGCUUGCUCCAAUGUGGAUUGUAAGAUGUUGCAAAAGGGAUGCUCUUGCUUCUACCCUGACAACUUCAUCAACCAUGCUUCCAUAGCAAUGAACCUUUACUAUCAAGCCAAUGGAAGGAACUACUGGAAUUGUCACUUUGGUGGAUCUGGCCUUAUUGUCUUGACUGAUCCUAGUUAUGGAAGCUGCUAUUAUGCAUGAUUGGUUGGCCUCUAUUGUAUUGCUAGUUAAAUAAUUAGAGCAUUGGAUGAUUGUAUUGUAAACAAAACACUGUUUUAUUUUAGCAAAAUAGCUAGAAUUUGAUGAGGAGUACUCUAGUCUGGCUUUUAGAGUAAAUAGGCGAGACAAGGAUAUUUUAAUGCUUGCAUUCGAAUCCUAGUGAUAUGAGUAGAUCAUGGAACAAAUAAGAUUAUCUAAGAACGUUCUCAAUUUAGUGGUA